AUGGGCACGCUCGUCAGGCAGGAGCUCAGCCCCGCCUCGCACCUCUACAGGAAGAUUGCAAACUCGGUAAAUGAAGGGAGGCUUGUUCCAGAGGACUUCAUAUUUGGAUUGCUGACGAAGCGGCUUGAGGACGGAUACAACAAGGGUGAAACUGGGUUCAUUCUUGAUGGCAUUCCACGCACCUGUAUGCAAGCUGAGAUUCUUGAUGAGAUUGUGGAUGUUGAUUUGGUUCUGAAUUUCAAGUGUGCUGAUGACUGUUUCAUGAAGAAGCGAUCGAGGGGCGACAUCUGCUCCCACUGUGGACAGCUCUUUGAUGUCAGCAAUUCAGCAUCUACGAACUGUAGCCCCAGCCUCGGGAGUUAUACAUGGCAUUCUCAGGUAGAACCUGCUGGUGUUGUAGGCCUUGAAGCCUCAAGGAUGGAGAGGAUGCACACUUAUGCUAAGCAGACCAAGCAGCUGGAAGAUUACUACAAGAAGCAGAGGAAAAUUGUGGAACUGAAGACAUCUGCUCGCCCUGGGGAAACAUGGCAGGGGCUCGUAGCCACCCUGCACCUCCAGCAUCUGGACUCACCCCCAACACCGCACAAACUCACCGCGUAA